AUGUCUGAAGAAGUAACUUAUGCAGAUCUAAACUUCCAGCACUCCAGUAAGACAGAGAAUAUCCAGAACUAUAAAAACACAGGGAAAAAAGUUUACAGAACCACAAAGAUAGAAAUGGAAAAACUACAACAUCUCAAAGAAGAAUUUCAGAGAAAUGUUUCUCUGCAACAGAUGAGCAUCAUGAAUAUUUCCAAGGAUCACUCCACCAUCUUGCAAAAUAUAGCUACAAAGUUAUGUCGUGAGAUAGUUAAAAAUAAUAAAGAGCACAAAUGUAAACCUUGCCCAGAGAAAUGGAUGUGGCAUGAAGACACCUGCUAUAGUAUUUCUGAGGAUUUUCAAACAUGGCAACACAGUGAAAACAUGUGUUCUCAGCAGAAUGCUACCCUAUUGAAGAUUAAGUCCAAAAGUGUUUUGGAAUUUAUUAAAAAAAUCCUGAAAUCAUCUUCAUAUUAUUGGAUAGGAUUAACUCCCACAAAAACUGAUCAUUAUGAAACUGAAUCUGACAAGAUUAUCUCUUCUCCUUGGUAUGAAAGAAGCAUGCAAAAUUUAAAUGAGGCAAUAUAUUGUGGAUAUCUCUAUGGGAGAGAGAACGUGUAUAGUACUAAAUGCAGUGAUAAAAUAAAAUACAUAUGUGAGAAAAUGGCCAGUCCAGUGAAAGUUGAAAGUGUACUGAAUACUGAAGUUCUGGAUGAAAAAUAG